AUGGCGGAAGAGGAGCAGUUGAAUGCCAGGAAGGAACGCAAACAAGAAUGGCAAAAUAAAGCCACUCAACUCGCUAAAAGAUACAAAUUCGACGAUGCUGAGAAGAUUGAGGGUGACGUUGAUGAGAAGAAUGAAAAGAGAUUGGCCGACAAGGAAUUGGUACUCGUCGUGAAACAGCGAUAUGGAAGAGAAGAUGGAUAUCAGAGUCCAUGGCAAUUCCCAGAAAUAUCCACGCGACAAGGAGAACCCCUCAGACAGAGUGCGGAACGUUGUGUGGGCGAAUUGUUGAUGGGUGAUGUAUCUAUUCAAGGAAAUGCUCCAAUAUCUGUCUUUACCCUUCGAUAUCCCAAACCGAUGGCCGAUGCAAAGAAGAAAAGCGGCUCCAAAGUCUUUUUCUACAAUGCCAUUUUGGGGGCAAAGACGGCUAUCAAAUUGAAUACAACAGAGUUUCCGGAAUACGCGUGGGUGUCAGCGGAAGAAUUUGUGAAACGAGUUCCGGGCACCAAUUAUCGAUCAGCCGUCAGAACAUCCUUCCUCCAA